GAGCGCCGCCACGCCUGGUCUUCGGCGGUAGACCGAGCUGGUCUAUCUUAGUGGAGCGGGCACAUCUCGGAGCGCGCGCCUCCGCGGCGUCGCGGUCCCUGGUGAGCCGCAGCAGGCUAGUGCCAUGAUCCGACAGGACCUCUCCACAUCCUACCAGGAGCUCAGCGAGGAGUUGGACCAGGUCGUUGAGAACUCAGAGCAGGCGGAUGAGCGGGACAAGGAGCCAGCCCAAGUCCAAGGUGCAGGGGCCUUGCCAGGUGAGUGGAUUCAGGGCGCUGGACAUUGGCUGUGUGCGGCUGCUGCUGGUCGGCUCCGCGGCUGCUGCUGGCGGCCCAGUCCAGGCGCCUUGCCAGUGGAGGGAGUGGCAGCCUCCUCUCCCCCACACGUGUGCCCUGGUGUUGGGUCUCGAGGUCUUCUCUGGUUCUAAAGCUCUACAUAUUUA